AUGUUAGAGUGUAAAUGCGAUUCUGAAGACGAUAAUAACUGUUACUUAUGCUGUGGUAACUCAUAUUCCAAGUGCUUGCCGGCACACGAAUAUAAUAUUUUGAAGAGUAACGGUGAAAGGUGGGAGAGUGAUGCUUGUGCCAGAUGUCGGCGGCGUGGCGAUGAAAUGGAAGGGCUUCAGUGUGAUGACAAUGACCCGACAAGGCUUUGUAUGCAAGGGAAAUGCUCGAACAGUGUCUGUCGUACAAAACAGGAAGGAAACUUCUGUGAUCGGAAUGAAAAGAAGAUUUGUGUAGACGAUGUCUGUGAAAAUCCGUGCGCUCGAUUUGCAUCACAUUUACGUGUUUGCGAAUGUCCAGAGAUUGACCCGGAUACUCUGUUUGCUUCAGAUGAUCGCUGUGAGCUAUGCUGUCAGGAUCAUACAAUGAGGCCAGCAGCCCGACAGUGCCAAAAUGCAUUCCGAAAGUAUAAGAUUGUUUCCAAAGACAAUAACCCGAUUCUACGAGUUGGACUCAGCUGUGCUGGUGGCAAAAAGUGUAAUCGUUAUGGUAUAUGUGCCUGCGCUUCAUUGAGGCCUUCUUUAUUUCUCACUACUAUUAUCAUUUUUUUAUUAGCUGUAUUGACACACAGAUGA